GUAAAAUAAAGGAAGUGAAACCUAAAUGACUCGCCUAGAGUUAUUUCAGAUUUAUUCGUUCCCACAUUUUGACUGUGUUUUCGAAUAGGUGAGUACUGGGAUUUAUUCAUUCACAUCAAGGCCAUUUGACUAAAUCCGUCAUUACGAAUAUAUAUCGUUGAGUUCCUUCUUCCUCUCUUGUUCUUCUUACAAGGUGAACAGCCAGGCUACAGGGUGUAAUCACAGAUAGAACAAUGAGGGUUAGUUAUAAAAAAAAUAUAUUUGGUGUAAUCAUUAGCCAAACAGUUGCAAACAGUUGAGUUUUGCAACGAAAACGAGAGUUUCUAUUGGACAAGUUCAGGUAGGUCCCUCCCCGUUUCGUUCCGUUUGCUUUCGUAUGUUUUUGAUCAGAAUCGGCGUAAUGAAUACGCCCCUGUUAUAUCCAUUGCACAGGAGAGGGACAUUAAGGUGUUUCUGGACAAGAAUACCAAUGCUUAAAAUCUCUUCGACAUUUCCUGGUUGCUAAAAGUCUAAUAGUUGGCCUAAUUUCAGUUUGUCACAAAACAAGCAAGAGAGAAUGUAGAGAGUCAUUGUAACAUCUAAACCGCUGUGAAAUAUCUUCAAUAACCACAAAUAUAGCAUUUUCAGACGUUUGAAGCUGGUGUACAAAACCAAAAGUAAAAGACGCAAAAACGAAACUUCAGAACGGGAAGCAUAAAAAUAGCAUACAUGGAACAGAUCUACCGCUUCUUAAGACGUUGCUUUCAAUGAAAAUGACAGAUUUAUAAGUCACAUUUCUAUGGGAAUUUGGGCUGUCACUCAAAAAGUUACAUAUUGCGGCUUUAAACUUUUACUGCAAAUUAGCAUUUAGACAUCAUUAGCACAGUCUCUCCAAACAAACCACAUCAAAAAUACUAGAUUAUUGGAAAACAAUAAAUCCUGGUCAAAAGUCCCUAUGUAGUGUACUAUUAUAGUGGCAUUUGCGAGAGGACACACGCCAAGAAACCUAGUAGUGUAUCUAAAUCAAAUUGUAUUGGUGACGUACACACAUUUAGCAGAUGUUAUUGCGGGUGUAGCGAAAUGCUUGUAACGUCUAUGCCAGGGCAGUCCAACCCUCUUCCUGGAGAUCUACGGUCCUGUGGGUUUUCAGACCAACCCUAAUUUAAACACACCUGAUUCUACUUAUUAGCUGCUCAACAAGACCUUAACUAGCUGAAUCAGAUACGCUAAAUUAGGGUUGGAUUGAAAUCCUACAGGACAGUAGAUCUCCAGGAAGAGGGUUGGGCAGGCCCUGGUCUAUGCUAAAAACGAUUUCUGGAUGAACAAAACAAAAGCACACGCUGUGUACUCAGCUUACCACGGGGCUGGCCUCUUGUCCUACAGUGAGCUACAUGCAAGCGUGUGUCAUCAGGGGCUGAACUUCCACUCAUAAUAAUGGCCGGAACGGAAUAAAUUGAAUGACAUUAAACACAUGGAAACCAUGAAUCGUACUACACCGGUUCUGACGCUCGUCGGAUGUGGCAGGGCUUGAAAACUAUUACAGACUACAAAGGGAAGCACAGCCGCGAGCUGCCCAGUGACACAAGACUUCCAGACGAGCUAAACCACUUCUAUGCUCGCUUCGAGGCAAGCAACACUGAAGCAUGCAUGAGAGCACCAGCUGUUCCGGAUGACUGUGAUCACGCUCUCCGUAGCCGAUGUGAGUAAGACUUUUAAGCAGGUCAACAUUCACAAGGCCGCAGGGCCAGACGGAUUACCAGGACGUGUACUCCGAGCAUGCGCUGACCAACUGGCAAGUGUCUUCACUGACAUUUUCAACAUGUCCCUGACUGAGUCUGUAAUACCAACAUGUUUCAAGCAGACCACCAUAGUCCCCGUGCCCAAAGACACUAAGAUAACCUGCCUAAAUGACUACCGACCCGUAGCACUGACGUCUGUAGCCAUGAAGUGCUUUGAAAGGCUGGUCAUGGCUCAUAUCAACACCAUUAUCCCAGAAACCCUAGACCCACUCCAAUUUGCAUACCGCCCCAACAGAUCCACAGAUGAUGCAAUCUCUAUUGCACUCCACACUGCACUUUCCCACCUGGACAAGAGGAACACCUACGUGAGAAUGCUAUUCAUUGACCAAAGCUCAGCAUUCAACACCAUAGUGCCCUCAAAGCUCAUCACUAAGCUAAGGAUCCUGGGACUAAACACAUCCCUCUGCAACUGGAUCCUGGACUUCCUGACGGGCCACCCCCAGGUGGUAAGUGUAGGUAACAACACAUCUGCCACACUGAUCCUCAACACGGGGGCCCCUCAGGGGUGCAUGCUCAGUCCCCUCCUGUACUCCCUGUUCGCCCAUGACUGCAUGGCCAGGCACGACUCCAACACCAUCAUUAAGUUUGCCGACGACACAACAGUGGUAGGCCUGAUCACCGACAACGAUGAGAUAGCCUAUAGGGAGGAGGUCAGAGACCUGGCCGUGGGUGCCAGGAUAACAACCUCUCCCUCAACGUGACCAAGACAAAGGAGAUGAUUGUGAACUACAGGAAAAAGAGGACUGAGCACGCCCCCAUUCUCAUCGACGGGGCUGUAGUGGAACAGGUUGAGAGCUUCAAGUUCCUUGGUGUCCACAUCACCAACUAACUAUCAUGGUCCAAACACACCAAGACAGUCGUGAAGAGAGCACGACAAAGCCUAUUCCCCCUCAGGAGACUGAAAAGAUUUGGCAUGGGUCCUCAGAUCCUCAAAAAAUUAUACAGCUGCACCAUCGAGAGCAUACUGACUGGUUGCAUCACCGCCUGGUAUGGCAACUGCUUGGCCUCCGACCGCAAAGCACUACAGAGGGUAGUGCGUACGGCUCAGUACAUCACUGGGGCCAAGCUUCUGCUGCCAUCCAGGACCUCUAUACCAGGCGGUGUCAGCGGAAGGCCCUCAAAAUUGUCAAAGACUCCAGCCACCCUAGUCAUAGACUGUUCUCUCUGCUACUGCACGGCAAGCGGUACCGGAGUGCCAAGUCUAGGUCCAAAAGACUUCUCAACAGCUUCUACCCCCAAGCCAUAAGACUCCUGAACAGAUAAUCAUGGCUACCCGGACUAUUUGCACUGCCCCCCCACCCCCACCCCAUCAUUUUACGCUGCUGCUACUCUGUUAAUUAUUUAUGCAUAGUCACUUUAACUCUACCCACAUGUACAUAUUACUUCAACUAGCCGGUGCCCCCGCACAUUGACUCUGCACCGGUACCCCCCUGUAUAUAUUGCCUCCCUACUGUUAUUUUAUUUUAUUUCUGCUCUUUUUUUUCUCAACACUUUUGUUGUUUUAUUUUACUUUUUUUAUUAAAAAUAAAUGCAUUGUUGGUUAAAGGCUGUAAGUAAGCAUUUCACUGUAAUGUCUGCACCUGUUGUAUUCGGCGCAUGUGGCCAAUAAAAUUUGAUUUGAUGUAUUUGUUACCAUUACACUAAUUCCGCUCCAGUCAUUACCACGAGCCCGUUCUCCCCAAUUAAGGCGCCACCAAACUCCUGUCCACAACAUCCACAUCAACAAACAGUGGAUGUGGAUGUGGAUGUUGUUGUGGAAGUUGGCCAGCAGUCACACAAGAUUUGGUUUUAGGUUUCUGAUCUGGGAGUUUUUCUCUGCUGAAAUGUCUUAUUUUCUAUCACAGAUUGACAAGAUGAGUGACCUUCCCAUCUUCAACCCGUUGGUCCUGAUCGGUGUGGGCUCCAGCUUCGCCUUCUCUGGCUUGUUUUACCACUUAUACAAAGACAAGAAAGAUGACCUAGUCAAGCUGAAGGUAACACACACACAAACUCAUGAAGGUGAAAUGCAGUACAGUUUCUGUGUUUUCAUUUUUCUCUCCCGACUAGGAAAUACCCAAAUUCAUCCCGGAUCAACACUUGGUAAGGAUCCUCAAGGCAUCGCCCCACAGAAAACUGCAGUACGUCGCAGUGGAAGGUAAGUGGAACCCCCCUCCCCCGAAACUGAUUAAACAGCCUUUUGAUUAAAUAAUGUGUUUUUAUUACCAGUAUGCAUUUAGAGACGUGUGAAGUAUUCUUGUUCCAGGUUUGGUCCAGGCGGACGGUGAGACUCUGGCCAGUCAGUUUGUCCCAAGAUGCUUUGGUGUGAUCCAGAGGAUAGCUGUAGAGGAACACUGGAAUGUGUGGAACAACAUCACUAGAACAUGGUAAGUACACAGAAAAUUCAUUAGCCAUAAAUACAGCAAUAUGUACACACACACUACAUGACCAAAAGUAUGCGGACACCUGCUCAUCCAAAAUCAUGGGCAUUUAAUAUGGAGUUGGAACCACAGCCCAGCCCUACUGGCCUCGAUCAAGAACUACCAAUGACCAAGGGAGGGACUGGGUCUGGGACUGGGUCUGGGUCUGGGUCUGGGUCUGGGACUGGGACUGGGUCUGGGUCUGGGUCUGGGACUCCCUCACAACAUCUCUCUCUCUGUCCCCUGACUGCCCCGUCUGUGCCAUCAAUACAUACACAGAGCACGCCUCAACCCUUGCUCUCCAUCUUUGGGAUUUUCCAACCAGUUCAGCAACCCAACAACUCUCGACUUAACCUCCCAACCCAGCCCUCGGGGUUCGUUUGCACCAUUGUGUGAUGCUUGGCGUGUUCAGGAAGCUAUAGAGACAGUGGUUGGUGAUGGGUCAGGUCUUUAUAGAUUUUUAUAAUCUUGCGCAUACAAUGCGGGUAGAUUUAGAUAUUGGCGGGUAAGGUCUUUCACCAGCCACGUUGGCGGGUGGUCAGUUUGCAGGGCUCUGCAGUGCCAGCCUUACAUUUGCGAAUAAACAGUCAAAGGUCAAGUAUGCAUGCACAUGUUAGAAAAAUAAUGCAGUAGCUGUUUUCAAAGUAUUUCUGCUCUUUUGCAUCAUAGCUAAUUGCGCAAAUAAAUACUAAUCCUAUAUCCAACCUCGCGCAGCAACACUGCAUGGGAGCUGAGCUCACUGAGUGAAGUGCUGAUAGAUACAGUUUUGUAGGCAUGAAAGUUAGUCUAAUUUACUUGAAAGUCUACAAAGUGAGACUUUGUCCUCGUGUUUCUUGGCGAUUUUAAAUUGUUUUGUUCACAAGCUCGGUUGUUUUUCAACGUUAGUUUGAGUCCGCUGCUUAAACUGAGUGAAGAGACGCCAUAAUCAGAUCCCAAAUAUCACACGUGACAGAACUCGAGUGGCCCCGUUACUACGGUAACCUCCCGCUCUUAAAGGGGCAGCUGGAUAAUUGUCUCAGAUAUUUUGAUUUAAAAGACAAAAAAAAAGAUAUGAAAUGUACUUCUUACUAAAACAUUUCUUGUUCUAGAAACAUUACAAAGCAUGGUCAUCUUUUUUUUUUUGUAAUUAUGUCAAAAAUAUUUUGGCUGGUAAAAAAGAUCUGAGUGGCUGGUAGAUUAUAUAUGUUUUGUCCAUCUACCUUGCCACAAUGGCUGGUGGACCCUAACAGUACAUAUUAGGCCCUGUUUAUACUCAUGGUUUUAUGGUUUACUUUAAUCAUAUACUGGGACAUCCACGUCUGUGAAGGACAUGACAUGCAGACAGAUGACUUUAAACACAACUUUGCUGGUCAUGAGGACCAGGAGAUGACUGCCACGGUGGGAUUCCUGUCUGUCUGCUGGUCCUGAGGACCAGAGGAUGACUGCCACGGUGGGAUUCCUGUCUGUCUGCUGGUCAUGAGGACCAGAGGAUGACUGCCACGGUGGGAUUCCUGUCUGUCUGCUGGUCAUGAGGACCAGAGGAUGACUGCCACGGUGGGAUUCCUGUCUGUCUGUCUGCUGGUCAUGAGGACCAGAGGAUGACUGCCACGGUGGGAUUCCUGUCUGUCUGCUGGUCAUGAGGACCAGAGGAUGACUGCCACGGUGAGAUUCCUGUCUGUCUGCUGGUCAUGAGGACCAGAGGAUGACUGCCACGGUGAGAUUCCUGUCUGUCUGCUGGUCAUGAGGACCAGAGGAUGACUGCCACGGUGGGAUUCCUGUCUGUCUGCUGGUCAUGAGGACCAGAGGAUGACUGCCACGGUGGGAUUCCUGUCUGUCUGCUGGUCAUGAGGACCAGAGGAUGACUGCCACGGUGGGAUUCCUGUCUGUCUGCUGGCCAUGAGGACCACCAUGUAAAGACAAAAAUGUGGGACUCCUGUAUGUCUGUCUGUGUAUGUUGAAGUGCAAUGAGUUUGACGGUAUGUCAGUCUGUUUUGACCACAACACCUCUUAAAUGUGAUUUACUUUUCAAUCCUUUUGUUUUCAGUUUGGCUUUGAAAUGAAAAAUCAAUCACGUGAGACAUGUCCUGUUGGUAAAUAGUUAGAUUAGUGAUGGCUGUAUGACAUGAAAAAUGUAUGCACUCACUAACUGUAAGUCGCUCUGGAUAAGAGCGUCUGCUAAAUGACUAAAAUGUAAGAUGUAAAAGUAGUUCUCCUGGCAUCCGCCAAACCCAGAUUCAUUUGGUCGGACUGCCAGAUGGUGAAGCGUGAUUCAUCACUCCAGAGAACGUGUUUCCACUGCUCCGGAGUCCAAUGGCAGCGAGCUUUACACCACUCCAGCCGACGCUUGGCAUUGCGCAUGCUAAUAUUAGGCUUGUGUGCGACUGCUCAGCCAUGGAAACCCAUUUCAUGAAGCUCCCGACGAACAGUUCUUGUGCUGACGUUGCUUCCAGAGGCAGUUUGGAACUCGGUAGUGAGUGUUGCAACCGAGGACAGGCGAUUUUUUUAGGCGCUAUGUGCUUCAUCACUCGGCGGUCCCGUUCUGUGAGCUUGUGUGGCCUACCACUUCGCUGCUGAGCCGUUGUUGCUCCUAGACGUUUCCACUUCACAAUAACAGCACUUACAGUUGACCGGGGAAGGUCUAGCAGCGUUAGAAAUUUGACAUACUGAUUUGUUGGAAAGGUGGCAUCCUAUGACGGUGCCACGCUGAAAGUCACUGAGCUCUUCAGUAUGUUUUUGUCUAUGGAGAUUGCAUGGGUGUGUGCUCGAUUUUUAUACACCGGUCAGCAACGGGUGUGGCUGAAAUAGCCGAAUCCACACAUUUUGAAGGGGUGUCCACAUACUUUUGUGUAUAUAUAGUGUAGUAUGGACAUAUGGAAACUAAAUAGUACUAUGGAGGCUAUACACUCUUGGUGGUCCGGCUCAAAGUGGAACUUGGAAUCAUGUAGGUCUUCAAGAAUCACAUUUUCUGACAGGAGUCUACAUCACCUAAAAGUAAUGCAAUUGCAACACAAUUCAGUACAUACUGUAAAUUCAACACCACCAUUCAUCCCUCUUCUCUCAGGAACACCAGAAUGACCAACAGGAAGGAGACCAACAACGCCGUCCCCUUCAGUCUUGUUGAACCGGGCGCCUGCAUCACCGACAUCACCGUCAAGGUCCAUUCCCCUCUGGAGGCUUCCGGCUCGUUCCUGGAGAGGGUUCACUGCGGGGUCAAACACGCCCAGGAGGGUCUGGUGAACGUGUUGUUGGAGGGCCUCAGCGGCGAGCGGCCCACGGUGCAGAAGGAGACUGAGGAGCUGCUCCGUGUCGGGACCACUAUGACGGGUUUCGGGGAGGUGGUGCUGGAGGGAGGGACCGUGAGACUACAGGCGCCACAGGACGGCCGCCGCUACAUCCUGGUCCCCACGGACUACAGGGGGUUCAUAGAGGGACACGAGGGCACGGCCAAUCUGUGGAAGGGGCUGACGGCGCUGUUUGGGAUUACGGGGGCAUCGCUGCUGGCCGGGGCGGUUUAUAGUACGAUGGGGAAAAAGGACAGAAGGGACUAGUAGUGAUGAUGCCCAAAUCGACCACCUACCCUCCUGCACAUCUAAAAUGAUUGGAUAGGUUUUAAGCAAUAUGGGGAAAAUUCAACUCAGCCUAUCAGAAGGUGAAGUAUCGCUUAAAACUUUAUCCUAGUUCUUUGUAGAUAUGGACAGUGCAUGGUCCACAAUUGUAACCGUGGUGAUUUUACAGCUGAUCAGUCAUUCAUGAUGGACCAAACCAAAUAUUUUGUUUUAAUGAGGGAUGAUGUCCUAGCUGAAUGGGAAACGUCUGUAGUGAAUAUUACUAAAACCACUCCGAAUUUACAGGAUUAUGGCGGACCAUAGGUAUUGCAAGACUGUGUCUGACGAAUCCCGUCCACAGCGUAUCAGUGGCACAUCAAGUGUUUUAAGUAGAUGCUUCAACAAAGGAGUUCUUAUACUGGAAUGUAGACCAGUCGUUUAAAAAAAAAAAAGAAAAAAGUUCUGAAUAGAUUAUUUUUCAAAUAUUUAAGUUUUAAUCGUACUUUCUUUGAAUCAUUCCUUGCCAGUCGCUGCGGUCCACAAAACUGGUGAUUGUAAGGUGUCUGAGAUUGUGGUGUAUUAUGUGAUAGACGUAUGACUAACGUCAGCAGGUGAGCUUGCUAGUAUAACAACUACCUCUAUACAGCAUUAAACCACUGUGGUUACUUCAAACCGCCCCCAGGGAAAUCUGUUGUAUUGUUCUGAACUGACAAGAGACCGGUAAAACCUGUCUAUACUGAACACUGUAAAAAAAAAACAGAUCUGUGACAUUCUUUAUUAAUUGGUGAUGGUCUGUGUCGGGAGUAUCUUGUUUUCACUCAUUAAAACCUUACUCAAGUGUGUUCAAGCUUUCUUUUAUUAGGGUGUUUAAAUCAUACCACAGCUUUUGUCUUCUUGUGACAUUGUGAGCAAGAUGUCACCUUGUGUUGUACACUAAAUAUCAACAACACCAUUUCCUUUUGGAGAAGCAAUAUGAAGCUGCCGCAGUGUACAACCUGAUAACCUUUGACAUUCUGGGCCGGUUUUCCCGGACACAGAUUAAGCCUAACCCUGGACUAAAAAGCGUCCUCAGUGGAGAACGUCCACUGAAAUAGAUUUUUACUCCAGGACUACUAGGUUUAGGGCUGUGUUCAAUCCGUAUCGCGGAAGAUC